AUGGGUUUCCGACUUCUCGAGCUCGUCCGCCCGUUCAUGAGCAUCCUCCCCGAGGUCACUGCUCCUGAGCGCAAGCACAAGGUCCUCUGGACUGCUACCACGCUCCUUAUUUUCCUCGUCAUGGCCCAGGUCCCGCUCUACGGUAUCAUGUCGUCUGACUCGAGCGACCCCCUUUACUGGCUCCGUGCCAUCCUCGCGUCUAACCGUGGUACCCUCAUGGAGCUCGGUGUCACCCCCGUCGUCACCUCGGGCAUGAUCAUGCAGCUCCUUGCUGGUGCCCAGCUCAUCGAGGUCGACUACUCUCUCAAGGACGACCGCGCCCUCUUCGGCUCGGCCCAGAAGCUCUUCGCCCUCAUUAUUGCUCUCGGCCAGGCUACCGUCUACGUCCUCACCGGUCUCUACGGCGCUCCCAGCUCGCUCGGCCCCGGUGUCUGUCUCCUCCUGAUCCUCCAGCUUGUUGCCGCCUCGCUCAUUGUCAUCCUCCUUGACGAGCUCCUCACCAAGGGCUACGGUCUUGGAUCGGGUAUCUCGCUCUUCAUCGCGACCAACAUUUGCGAGUCUAUCAUCUGGAAGGCCUUCUCGCCCAACACUGUCAACACUGGCCGUGGCCCCGAGUUUGAGGGUGCCGUCAUUGCCCUCUUCCACCUUCUCUUCACCUCGAACAACAAGACCCGCGCCCUCAAGGAGGCCUUCUUCCGCGAGCGUCUCCCCAACAUGAUGAACCUCAUCUCCACUAUUGCGGUCUUUGCUCUCGUCAUCUACCUCCAGGGCUUCCGUGUCGAGAUCCCUAUCAAGUCGUCCAAGAUGCGCGGCCAGCGUGGUACCUACCCCGUCAAGCUCUUUUACACCUCGAACAUGCCCAUCAUGCUCGAGUCUGCGCUUACCUCGAACGUUUUCCUCAUCUCGCAGAUGCUCGCUUCGCGCUUCCCCAACAACCUCCUCGUCCGUCUUCUCGGUGUCUGGGAGGCUGAGGAGGGCUCGGCCCAGCUCUCUGCCGUCUCUGGUCUCUCCUACUACCUCUCGGCUCCUCACUCGCUGAAGGACGUCGUUUCCGACCCCUUCCACACUGUCGUCUACGUCGCCUUCAUCGUCACUGCCUGCGCCAUCUUCUCCAAGACCUGGAUUGAGGUUUCCGGCUCCGGCCCCCGUGACGUUGCCAAGCAGCUCAAGGAUCAGAACAUGACCCUCGCCGGCCACCGCGACGCCUCGAUCUACAAGGAGCUCAAGCGCAUCAUCCCCACUGCCGCCGCUUUCGGUGGUGCCACCCUCGGUCUCCUCUCGUUCGCCGCCGACAUGAUGGGCGCCCUCGGCUCGGGUACCGGUAUCCUGAUGGCCGUCACGAUCAUCUACGGCUACUGGGAGCUUUCGGCCAAGGAGAACGCCGGCCUCGAGGCGGCCGGUCUCAACGACAUCUUCUAA